AUGCAAUUGUCAGUUCUAAUUGCCUCUGUUCUUGCCGCUGGUGCAGCUGUCGAUGCAGCUAGUUACACCCCACAAAAUGUGAGCUGUCCUGAUAACGCUAAUUUUAUCAGAAAUGCUGCUGAUGGUUUGAGUCCAGCAGAGAAGGAAUGGUUGAAGAAAAGAGACCCAAUUACCAGAGAUGCCCUUCAAACUUUCCUAAGACGCGCUUUUGCCAAUGUCUCUACUGAAAUUACUUCAGCACUAUUCAAUGAUACCGAAAAUGUUCCAAAAUUAGGUAUUGCUGUCGCCGGUGGUGGUUACCGUGCUAUGUUUGUUGGUGCUGGUGCAUUUGCAGCCAUGGAUAACAGAACUGAUGGUGCUAAUGAACACGGUCUAGGUGGUCUAUUGCAAGCAGCCACUUAUAUGGCUGGUCUUUCUGGUGGUAACUGGCUGACUGGUACUUUGGCAUACAACAACUUCACCUCAGUGCAACAGAUCCUCGAGGAAGGUGACAAGGCCGAUGCCAUCUGGAAUAUCACAAACUCGUUCUUGAAUCCAUACGAUAAAGAUUUCUCGAAGACCUUGGCCAGAUGGACUGCAAUUGGUUCUCAGGUUCAAGGUAAAAGGGACGCAGGCUUUAACGUUACCAUCACUGAUUUGUGGUCUCGUGCGUUGGCUUACGGUUGGUUCCCUACAUUGCCAAACGCUGGUGCUGGUUUAACUUGGUCCUCUCUAAGAGACAACGAAAUCUUCAUGAAUGGUGAAAUGCCAAUGCCAAUUUCUGUCGCAGAUGGUAGAUACCCAGGUACCACCGUUAUCAACUUGAACGCUACUGUUUUUGAAAUGACUCCAUUCGAAAUUGGUUCAUGGGAUCCAUCCUUAAACGCUUUCAGUGACAUCAAAUACUUGGGUACUCAAGUCACUGAUGGUAAGCCUGAAACCGAAAGAUGUAUUAACGGUUUCGACGAUGCUAGUUUUAUCAUGGGUACAUCAUCCUCGUUGUUCAACGAGUUCACCAUGAGCAACGAUAGUGCCGUUGCUUACACUUACUUGAACACCCUAUCCAGCACAUUGGUGAAAGGUAUUGAUAAAGAAAACAACGACAUUGCCAUGUAUGCUCCAAAUCCAUUCAAAGGUUCCAAAUACGUGGACAGCAACUAUACUACUUCCAUAGUUGACUCUGAUUCUUUGUUCUUGGUGGAUGGUGGUGAAGAUCUUCAAGGUAUCCCAUUUGUUCCUCUUUUGAAGCAAGAGCGUGACCUGGAUAUUAUCUUUGCUAUUGAUGUAGACACUGAGACAAGUGAUAAUUAUCCUGCCGGUGGUCCAAUGAUGAAGACAUACGAACGUCAAUUCUCUAAGCAAGGUAAGGGUAUGGCUUUCCCAUACGUCCCUGAUAUGACCACUUUUGUUAACCUAGGUCUGGGUGGUAAGCCAAGUUUCUACGGUUGUGACGCCAACAAUUUGACUGACCUUGAAUAUAUCCCACCUUUAAUUGUUUACAUUCCAAACAGUUAUCAUUCCUUUGAAAGUAACGUUUCCACCUUUAAACUAAACUAUAACUACAGUGAACGUGUUGGUAUGAUUAGAAAUGCUUUCGAAGCCACUACCAGAAAUAAUUUGACUGAAGAUGCUGACUACGUUACAUGUGUUGGUUGUGCAAUCAUUAGACGUAAGCAACAAUCUCUGAACUUAACUCUACCGGAUAUUUGUGACAAGUGUUUCACCAACUACUGUUGGAAUGGUACUAUUGACAACACACCAACAAAGCUUCUAACACCAAAUAAUCAGGAUCCAGCUGCUAUUUCUUCUGCUAUUGCUGCUGUAACUGAUGACUCCCCAAUUGGUGCCUUGUUGAACACUGGUUCUGGUACUAAGUCUAACUCAUCUUCAAAGACUAACUCCACUCUAGUUACUUCGAGCCGUGCUACUAGUACUGGAACUUUGAUUUCCAAUUCUAGUUCAAAUAGUACUGUUUCCUCAACUGCCGCUAGAUCUUCCACUUCUUCUACUGCUAAGAAGAAUGCUGGUUCUGUAUUGAAGCUUGAGUUUUCCAAAUCAGCCUCAGUAAUGGUUGCAAUUGCUGCAGCAGCUGUUGCAUCGUUGAUUUAA